GAUGAGGGUUCACUCAUGGCCGUAAAGCACCGCUUGUGUGUCUUGCUCUGCACCACCAGCAUCAGCACUGUUUGUAAAGGCGCUUUGUGCAUCGCUAAUCCGCUCUGAUGUCACGGUGCAGGAGGAGGGGCUGAGCUCUCCGCUUUAAUCCGACCAAGUUGUCUGGAGGGACAAAACAGAAUCAAACCGAGCCAACCUGCCAAACGGAGCGAGAAGGCACGGGAACGGGGACGAUGAGUACUGCAGCAGCCGGACCCGGGCCUCUCCUCCACUGACAUGCAGGUUGUGCCAUGAGCAGAAUUUUCUUGGUGCUAAGUGGAGCAUGUUCUAAAAAAUAAAGUUAGAUCACGCCAGAGCCAUGAGCCAGAAGUAUCAGGGCGAGGCAUCAGGGGAAGCAGGCGAGGAGCAGAAGGCCCCUCUGAGGAGCAGGCAGGCCAACGGAUCGACAGCCGGGGAUCCCCCUGUCCGCCGCUCCUGGAGGCCCUGUCAGAUGCUCAACCAGGACGGGGAACCGAAUCCCCAUCAUCACCACCACCAUCACCACCCUCCUCACCACCACCACCACCACCAACCACCCUCAGGUCGGGGUCCUCCUCGGCAUCGCCGGCGGCCUCCGUCGGGGCAGGGCCAGGGCCAGGCUCAGAGUCCUGGUUUGUCCCCAGAGGCAGCACCUUGCAGGCCGGACGGUGUUGAGGGCAGAGAGGACGAGCCUCGUCCCGUCCAGCAGCCCCGCCCCGGUGUCGCCCGUUACCGCCGCCAUGGUGACCCUAACCCUAGACUCAGAGGUCAGAGGCAGAGGCAGCCAAUCAAAGAGACGCAGGAUGCUUCACCUGUUGAGGAAAGGGAGGGUCCAGGAGAGGUGCUGCAACACAGGUCAGAUGAUCCUGUUGUGGACCAAUCGCAGGACAGGGCAUCCUCUCACCAGACUCCCAUAGCUGUUGUUACCCCCACCCACCUCUCACCUGGUUCUACUGCCCACAACAAGCAACUUCACCACGAACACACUCCUCCUGCCGAGGCGGAGGAGGACCAGGACAUCCAGGAGAAUAAAGUGGAGUGUGAAGAGGAGGUGGAGGAAGGUAAGGAGAGGAGCAGAGAAGAACAAGAGCAGACAGAGGAUGACGGAGACCACCUCUCCACCACAGCUCGCCUUAGCUGUAGUCAUGACGACGACGCAGCAGAGGAGUGUGCAGAGAGGGUGGAGGAGGAUCAGGAGGAAGCGAUGGAGGACGUGGCGGAGGACAUCGCGGCUCAGGGAAGUGAAAUCACCGACCUCUGCUCGGACACCGAGAGCGCCGCCUCGCUCAGCAUGGACGGACCUCUGCACAGCCCGCCGCCACUCCACUCGCCAACUCCACCUUCCUCCCCGGACGUCCCACCUUUCCCGCAGCUGGACCACUUCAGCGAGGACGCAAGCAUGAGCCCCCUGCCCGACAACGAUCUCCUACCCGAGGAUGAUGACGAUGAUGAUGAGGACUGCUCCGAGUCGUGCUCGCUGUCACACUUCACGUCCGGCUCGGAAUCUUAUCCUAAAACCUAUGCAGACUUUUACUCAGAGUCCCACCAAAAAUCGUACCAGGAGCCGGUGUAUGAGUCAUACGCAGAGCCAAAAUCCCAUCCCAACUCCUUUCCUGAGCCUCUGAAGACAUCCUACCCUGAGUCGCAUAGAGAGCCUCGCAGGCAAUCUGGUUGGAGGCCUGAGCCCCAUGAAGCCCGUCAGGAGUCCCACCAAGAGCCCUUCACCAGCCAUAGACAGGAGAAUGUACAAAAAGGGGCUCCGCCUUCCCCCACCAAGGGCUCUCAUUAUGCCCCAAGGCAGGGAAGAGACCGCAUCUCCCAUCACUCCCCUCUGGACCGCUCUGUCGGCUGCCGGCUACACCACUACGACGGACAGUCCGACAGCGAGGGGGACGGCGGGAAUCAAAGUCCUGUUCCAAAAGGUCGCAGGCCGGCUCAGAGAUCAGGAGAAACCCAGGCCAAGAGCCCCUUGUCUUGGCAGAGCAGCUCAGGUGACGCCCAGGAGGAGAGGAAUGCCAUGGGUAACCAUGGAGAGGAAGGUUCGAGGGGCUCAGGAGACGCCAUCAGCCUGGCCAUCAAAGACAUUAAGGAGGCGAUAGAGGAGGUGAAGAUUAAGGCAGUCCGCUCCCCGUACACACCUGACCAGCCUGUGGAGCCGAUCUGGGUGAUGAGGCAGGAGAGCAGCCCCACAGAGGACCUUUACCCGCUGCAGACCACAGCUGGACAUUCUUCUCCUCACUCCCCCUCGCAGUCGGUGUCUGAGUCUCCGUCCCGCUACGCUUCAGUUCCAGCCCGGGAGCCGGUCAGUCCGCUCAGAGCUGACUCAGCUAGAGCACUUCCUCCUCAACAUUAUCACCAACAGCAGCCCCAACACAACCACCAACACCACCACCAGGGCCAGCAUCCACAGCAGAGAGACACCACCCGGCCGACGCAGACAUACUCACAACCACAGACGUACCCACAGAUGCAGCCUAAUCAGCAUCAGCAGCGUCAGCACCAACAACAGCGUCAGCAGCUUCCGGCGCAGCAGCCGCAACCGCAAGUGCAGCCGGCGACACCUCCGCAGCCGCCAUCUGUCCAGGAUAUUCGCAGAUCUCUUCCUCAGUUUCCAACAUUUGUGGACGUUCCAGGACCAUGCGACCCUGAAGACCUCAUUGACGGCAUCAUCUUUGCAGCCACCUACCUGGGCUGCACCCACCUGCUGUCAGAGAGGACGCCUACAAAGAGCGCCCGCAUGCAGCAAGCUCAGGAGGCCAUGAACAGAGUCCGGGCGGCUCAGAAGCAGGCGAAGAACAGAAAGAAGAGCCCUGACGGGGAGGCUCCGUCCACAGCUGAGGUGGAUCUGUUCAUGUCCACACAGAGGAUCAAAGUCCUCAACGCAGACACUCAGGAGUCUCUAAUGGACCUUCCCCUGAGGACCAUCUCCUACAUAGCGGACAUCGGGAACAUGGUGGUGCUGAUGGCUCGGGGGAAGAUGGUCCGGUCCCGCAGCGCGCAGGAAAACCUAGACCACGCUGCUGAGCAGACCACCAUGAGCCACGACGACAGGCGGCUGUACCGGAUGAUCUGCCACGUCUUUGAGUCAGAGGAUGCUCAGCUGAUCGCUCAGUCCAUCGGUCAGUCUUUCAGCGUGGCCUACCAGGAGUUCCUCAGGGCCAAUGGCAUCGACCCCGAGGACCUGAGCCAGAGGGAGUACAGCGACCUGCUCAACACUCAGGACAUGUACAACGACGACCUCAUCCACUUCUCCAAGUCAGAGAACUGCAGAGACGUUUACAUCGAGAAGCAGAAAGGAGAGAUCCUGGGGGUGGUCAUCGUCGAGUCCGGGUGGGGGUCCAUUCUUCCAACAGUCAUCAUCGCCAGCAUGAUGCACGCCGGCCCAGCCGAGAAAUCCGGUCGGCUCAACAUCGGAGAUCAGAUCAUGACCAUCAACGGGACGAGUCUGGUGGGUUUACCGCUCAACACCUGCCAGAGCAUCAUCAAGGGUCUGAAGUCUCAGUCCAGGAUCAAGAUGAACAUCGUCAGGUGUCCUCCUGUCACCAUGGUGCUCAUCCGCCGGCCGGACCUCAGAUACCAGCUGGGCUUCAGCGUCCAGAACGGCAUCAUCUGCAGCCUGAUGAGGGGCGGCAUCGCGGAGAGGGGAGGCGUCCGUGUCGGUCACAGGAUCAUCGAGAUCAACAGUCAGAGUGUGGUGGCGACGCCUCACGAGAAGAUCGUUCAGAUCCUCUCGAACGCCAUGGGAGAGAUCCACAUGAAGACAAUGCCUGCAGCCAUGUACCGUCUGCUGACAGCCCAGGAGCAGCCUGUCUACAUCUGAACACCUCUCACUCUUUUUUUCACCCACACGACUCGAGUCUAUCUUUGCUACUCUCCAUCCAUCCUUCUGUUACUUUCAAUCCCCUCGACCCCCCCCCCCCCCCCGGAUCCUCUUUGAUAUCACUUGACUUGCCUUAAUCUGUACAGUAAACUGUCCUGUAAACAUGUACAUCCACAGUGUGACAGAAGGCAGGUUAUCUCACUAGGCCGAGUGUUCGUGUGACGUCUUAUGUUUGACCAAAGAGAAACCGUGGAUUUUAUUGUGCAUAUUUAGGUGGCAAAAAGAGUAAAUAUUAUCUUUGGUUGAAUAGCUGUAAUAUCUGAAUGUACUCUUAAUAUGUUGGACCUAUAGAAAGGAAGGGCCGCUCAGAUGAUAAAGAACUUUUAAAGUACAGUGUGGUCAUGUAAAAGGAGAAUGCAUGUACAAAUCUGCUGAAUAAACUCGGUGGUCAGUA